UUUUAAAUCAUAUUACCUGUUUCAUGAACUCUCAUAAGUUAUUUAGUUCCAUAUAUUCUUAUUUUUUUUGGCAAACCAAUACUUUCAAUUAAAAACUACGGUUCAGUACAGAGAAAACGAAGAGCCUCUUUUGCCAAGAGAUCUGCUUGUCGAUUCUUAUCCCGUGAAAUGAAAGAGAAAUUACAAGAGCUGAAUUUAGAAGAUAGAGGAUAUCAUAUAUAAUCUCGUGAAGUUUCAUUAGUUGGAUCUUCUUAUGGAGAGUCUUGACUAGCAAUUGCGAGUUUGAGACUACAUGAAGGUACGUGAAACCCGAUUCAAAGGUAACUCCCAUCGCAGUGAAUGUUGUAGUUGCUUCGGCCAUCAGCAGUGACCACACAUGGAGAUGAGAUGUAGAUCCCCGGAUCAAGAUUUUGUUUAAUUGGUCCUUGAAAACCCAUCCACAUCCCGCCGAAUUGUUACCCAGCCAGGCGCCGUCUGUGAAGCAGGUCACACAGGUUGGUGCCAUUGGGGGUAGAUCCUGGUUGUUACUUAAAUGGUGUGGUAUUUUUUAAUUCGAUUGCAGUAUGCCAUUAUUUCGCUCGCGUGAUGGCGAGAUUCAGAACCCCCUUUGCCACAGGUUGUUCUUUGCUGAAGAUUAGUCGGUUUCUUGCGGUCCAGAUUGUCCAGAAAAUCCAUGGAGCUAGGGGUCCGGAUCCGACUCCGGUGGGAGGUAAACAAGUUAAUCUUGUAGUGGCAGUGAUUCCCGCUUUCAAAGAUCGGAUGGUUUUCCGGAUUAGUUGUUCUUUAAACGGGGCCAGUUUCCAAAUCAAAGAUGCAAAUGGGCAGUGGAAAAAGAUUUUCGCCGACCGGUAGUGCCUUCUGAGCCAUUUUCCAAAGGAGAAGUUUUGUCUUAGGUGAGCAUUUGAGGUUCUAAAUGUUAGCUUUCCAGCUGAAAUCAUCCUACGGGGCUCUUGGGGGAUUUGUCUCGGUUGGAAUAAUUCAGUUUCAUGGAGGAGAACCGUUUUUUGGAUUAGGUGUGUGUCCCAUUCUCCUGAGAUUGGGUGCAGUAAGUCCGAGACUUUGAGGGAAGCACUACAUUCGGUUGGUGGGCCCAUUGGAGAUAAAGGUUCUACCAGAGAAAGCCAUGGGGUUCCCCAAAUGGGAGUGGUUUGUCCUGAUCCAAUAACUUUCCCCAGGUGAGUCUUGAGGAGAUCUCUACCAGCACAAAUGCUUCGCCAUCCAUGGGAGGCAGUGGAUGGGAAAGAGCAUUCGAGAAAUGAUGAGGAUUUACAAUAUUUCCCCAGGAGGACUUUUGCUAAAAGGCAGUCUGGUUGGGUGAGGAUAUGCAAGCUUAUUUUUGCUAGAAGUGUAUCGUUGAAUGUCUGUAAAUCUCUAAACCCCAACCCUCCUUCUUUGAAAGAUCGAUUCAUCUUAUCCCAUGAAAGCCAACACAUUUUCUUCUUUUAAGGAUUGGAGUCCCACCAAAAGCGUGUUAGAGCAGAUUGGAUUCGGCUACAUAGGGAGUUUGGUAGUUUGAAACAAGAUAUUGUGUAAGAGGGCAUGGCGGCCAGAACUGAUUUGAGCAAAGUUAGUUUCCCAGUCGAGGAAAGAAACCGGGUUGACCAGCUGAUCGAUUUUUGCUUGAUUCGAUCAACAAUCAUGGUAAAAAUAUAUUUUUUCUUCUUUCGGUCAAACAGUUCUGGUAAGCCUAGGUACUUGCCUUGUCCCCCUUCCUUAGUAAUUCCUAAGUCUCUCUUCACCCUGGUUCUGACUUCAUUUCUUGUUUUUGCGGAGAAAGUGAUUGAUGAUUUAUCUUGGUUAAUGCGUUGGCCUGAUGCUUUCUCUUAUUUUGCAGGAUUGACCGUAGUUGGUUGCAGUUAUAUUGAUUUGACUUGCAGAAAAACAUAGUAUCAUCUACAAAGAGUAGAUGAUUCACUCUAUAGGGCUGACUUUUGCCACUCUGAUACCAACUAACCUCCCUUGAUCUUGUGCUUUGUUGCAGAGUCCUGAAAGGACCUCACUACAUAGGAUGAAGAUGUAUGGAGAGAGGGGAUCUACAAUUAGCUAUUCACCCGGCCUUUUGCUUGACCAUUGAUAAGAUCUGAAUAGCUAAUUGUAGUUAUGCAUUGCAUUAACUAGGUGAUCCAUCGGUGAUGGAAACCCUUCCUCUCAAAUGGUAGCUCGAAUGAAGUCCCAUUCUAGCCUAUCAUAUCUCUUGCUCAUGUCAGUUUUCACCGCCUUGAAGCAUAUUUCCUUUGCCUCAGAAUUUUUCAGAAAAUUUCAUGGCUAGAUCGUCGAGAUAUGAUUUUUUUUUACUACUAGAGACAAAGAAGAAUCAUUGAAAGAGGAAAAUAUGCGAGAUAGCAACGAGGAAGAGCCAUAUAUGAUAUUGCGAGAGAACCACUACUGUAGACGCUUCGAGUAUAUUAUCGGAGUAAGUUGCAGCGGCGAACUUAGAAGUUUAGAAAAUCUCUCAUUUACAAAGAUAAAGAAUCUAGAGAGACAACAAAACCUUUCGAAAUGGAAAGAUGAAAGGGCGUCUACCACACGUGGAUUAAUCGAUAGAGGCACGGCGAUUAGAGAAGCGAAUUUCAAAGGAUCGUUACUAGAUCGAAUCGCAGCUUUGGAGACCAGACUUUUUCAGAUAUGUUUGGAGUUGGAAUCGAGCAGUGCAUCUUCUACCUCAACUGGAGGGUCCGGUGAAACAUCAAGCCAAAGGAUUAAGAAGGAUUUGACAAAGACAUUACCUAUUUUCAGUAGCAACGUUAAUCCUUUUCAUGUUCCCUUACAACAUCCACAAGACCCUCGGGACAUGGAGGAGAAGAUUGAAGAAGAGAAAGAUGAAGAGAUAAAUCUAGAGAAGCCAUUACUCGAGAAGAAGAAGAUUAAGAAGAAUGAUGCUAAUGAAACUUGCAACCCAAAGAAGAAGAAGAAGAAGACAAAUUCUCCCAAGAAGUGGUGUCGUUUUAGCUUGUUGGGCUGCUAAUUUUAUGUUAUCGCAAAAUUUCCUAGACUAUGCUUUAUUUCGUAUUUGUUUUAGAUCUAAGUUUUUCUUUACCCAUCAAACUUUAGGAUUAAUAUCUAUCUUUUCUUUAAACAUCUUUAUCACCAGAUAUGCUCUGGUUUUUACAUGAUCAUAGCAAACAAAUGGAUUUAUAAAUAUUGUUAGCAAGUAACAUAACCUAUGUUUAAGACUA